AUGCGCACUUCUCUGCUUUCUGUUCUUGCUGUUGCCGCUGCUAUUUCGUCAUCAGUGGCUAGUGUGCUUCCCCGUGCUUUGCCCACGCCCGUCAGCGUCGCCACCGCCAAAACCUACCUGGCUGCUUUGACCGUGGAGGCUGAGUCUAACUCGCCCGCUUAUAACCGGGAUCUCUUCAAGCACUGGACCACUGUCUCCGGUUCCUGCAACACCCGAGAGACCGUGUUGAAGCGGGAUGGAACCAAUGUGGUGGUCGGCAGCAACUGUGCGGCUACCUCUGGAAGCUGGGUGUCGCCUUACGACAACGUACCCACUAACCUGGCCAGCGACCUCGAUAUUGAUCAUGUCGUUCCUUUGAAGGAAGCUUGGGUGUCGGGUGCGCGCACUUGGACCAACGCGCAGCGCGAGGCCUUUGCAAACGACCUCGUCCGCCCCCAGCUUAUUGCUGUUACUGACUCACUAAACCAGGCUAAGGGUGAUAAGGAUCCCGCCGAGUGGAUGGUCCCCCUCGCCAGCUACAGAUGCACCUAUGUCCGGGCCUGGAUUCACGUUAAAUACCACUACAAGCUCAGCGUCGACCAAGCUGAAAAGACCGCCUUAACGAACUACAUAAACGCUUGCUAA